AUGACCAAGCCUGGACGGCGAAAGCUCGACAAGCAAACAAGAUUGUGGACCGACCAUGUCAGGGAUAAAAUAGCGAAGAAAGAGGCGAAGAAGGCCGUAGCUUCUGAGAACACAGCUCAUUAUAUCGAUGUUAAUAAGAAACUCGAGUCUCGUGAUGGUGAGCGGUACGUUUACCGCCUCGCAAAGACCGGCAACUGCCAAAUCGAAGAUAUAGGAAAGUUUUUUGGCAUAAAUGGCAAGAACGGUCACCUCUUAACGGACCGCAGGCAAACACUGAAACGAUGGCGAGAGUACUUCACAAACAUCUCAACAGUCGAAUUCGCUCAUCGCGCCAUUCUCUGCGCUCCUCCAGUACACGGUCCCGUUCAGAAAAUAACCGUGAAUGAGACCAUUACGGCUUUGAGAAGAUGA